UUUUUUUCUAAACUUUUAUAUUUAGUAAAAAUUCAUAACUCUGCCAUUACAAUGUAAACAAAAAGAAGAAAAAAAGAGGAAUGGCUCCUGCUCUUGCACGUCGCACACCACAGCAACCUAAAGAAGAAGGUCGUCCCAAAAGACAAGCUGUACUAAAUAAAAAAGAAACCCCUGGAGCUCCUAAGAAAAGAGGGGAAACAAAAAAAGUUGAAACCAAAAAGGAAGAACCAAAGAAACCAGGAAAAGAAAAAGCAAAAAAGAAACCUGAGCCUAAAAAGAAAUCACCACUAGUAAAGAAAAAUGCUGCAAAGUCAAAAUCAAAAGGAUCAAAAGACAAAACUAGUGGCAAUGGAAGUGACACACCCUCUAAUUCAGCACACAGAGGAGGUGACAAAAAUAGUGAGAAAGAGACCGAGGAAGAAGUUGAAGAAGAGCAUCCAAACAUAGUUGAGUUGGAAGAAAAUGAAAAGAAAAAUGCUACUGAUAGCCAAGAAGAAGAAGAGGAAGAAUCUGAAGAGGGGAGCAUACACGAUGAUGGAGAGGUUGAAGAUGAUGAGGAUUCAGAUUUUGAUCCGGAUGAUGAUCCAGAUAAGCUGUGGUGCUUUUGCAAAAAACCUCACAGCAACCGAUUUAUGAUAUGCUGUGACACGUGUGAGGAAUGGUUUCAUGGAGAUUGCGUCGGUAUCUCAAUGGCGAAAGGUCGAGAAAUGGAAAAAACUGGAGAAGAAUGGUGCUGUAACCAGUGUAAAAAAAAUGUUGCAAAUCCGCCAGACCAAAAUCAAGUUCCAAUAAAAUCUCCUUUGAACAGUCCAUUGAAAAAGACAGUCUCUAAGCAAAUAGAUCCAACUUCCCUGACAAAAGCUCGCAGCCUCUCCCUUGACAGUAUGAAAAGCAAUCUUGCAAAAUCACUGAAAGACCGUCCAUUGUCUCUGUCUGCGGCAGAAGUUAAAGAAAACAAUAUAAAAGAAGAAGGACAGGAAUCUUCUCUUCAAAAUGAAUCAUUGGCAGAUGAUAAAAAGUCCACACCUGUUAAAUCGAAACAACCUAAUGAAAAAAGUAAACGAAGAGAUUCUGUGGAAAAGGUUAAAGUUGAAAUUCCAGGAUUUACAUUUGAUCACAUUCCAACAAAAAAAGAUGAAAAGCCUGAAAAACAUGAAAAACUUCAUCGCAAAAGAUAUUCAGACCGACGAGAUUCUGCAGGUCAUGAUGAUGAGGCAAAGAGAAAGCGGCAGGAAGAGUUGAAAGCAUUGGCAAAAGCUAAGGUACGCACUGGUGGGACGAAGACCACUGAGAUAGUUAAGGAGUGUAGAAGAAGCGAAUGUAAUCGACCAGCUAUGAAAGGUUCUAUAUAUUGUAGCAGGGAAUGUAUUUAUAAAUAUGCGAAUGAAACUAUAAAACUGUUGGAGGACGAACGCAAAAAAAGUAUCUUGACUGUGAAGUCACCAGAUCCUAAAACUGAGCAUUCCAAAGGAAGCACUAUAAUCAGUCCUGCAACAUCGUCUACAGACCGUGUAAUGGAAACAACACAAGAACGUAUAGCUGUUUUUGAAAAAACAACUGGGAAAAUUGUAGCUGGUGUUAUGGCACCAACGAAAAAAUAUUUAUUUUCGUGGCUAGAGGAACAUCCUACUUAUGAAGUGUUAAAACCAGGCAAGCAGCCCACAGAAGUAAAAGGUUAUAAACGAGAUCAAGAUGAAGUAGUUCGUAACAACGUUCGUAAAUCUCUGAAAGAUAUUCUCAUUUUAAGAUGUAAAUCAACCGAAACAGCAAUAAACAUUGAAGCUGUUGGUAAACUUUGCAAAAAGAUUGAAACAGAGCUGCUCAAAUUAUUUGGUGAAACUGGGCAGAAAUAUAAAACAAAAUAUCGCAGUUUGAUAUUCAACUUGAAGGAUAUGCAGAAUAAGAUCCUGUAUAAACGAGUUGUCUCAGGAGAAAUAUCUCCACACAAAUUGGUGCACAUGACACCAGAGCAGUUAGCCACCCCUGAACUUGCACGGUGGAGGGAACAAGAAAGUAAACAUAACAUUGAGAUGAUUAAGAAACGUGAGUUGGAAGAAGCAGAGUUACAAAAACAUCCAAGUAUAAAGAAAACCCACAAGGGAGAAGUUGAAAUCGAAGGUGAUGAAAAUCUAGAAACACUGGAGAUAAAAGCAGAUUUUGCUCCAGAUCGUCGAUUAUCAUCCACCUCAUCUGCAACCAAUGAAAUGAACGACUUAUUGAAAGACACUACGGAGGAGCAUGCACACCAUCUGUUUGAUUCGAACUGUAAAAUAUGUACCGGCAAGAUGAUGCCACCUGGGGAAUCUCAAACUACUGGUGUCUCAACAACGAUAGUUGAAGCUUUUGCAGAGUCAUCUGUUCCAUCACCUACAGAUGAGGACAUGCUAAUUGUGAGUCCACCAUCACCAGACACAUCUGCUCUCUCUCCAUCCUCGCCAAAUCCAGUAUCAAUUAUUGCGCCGCCACCCUCCGCGCGCAAACAACCAUCUGUUUGGCGUGGAUUUGUUAUGAUGCAAAAAGUAGCGAAAUUUGUUUGCACGGCGUAUGCUGUUUCGGGUACUUGUGAAAACUUGAUGGAAAUAUUGCCAGAUACAGUUCAUGUGUGUGGUCGCAUUCCACCGGGUCAAGUGUGGGAAUAUUUGUCGCAAAUGAAAGAAGGAAGAAAAAAUCAGAACAAGUUUAUUGACGUCAUACGAUUUGAGAUGUCUUCAAACGAAGAAAAACAAGGCUACAUUAAGCUUUAUACUUACUUCUACACAAGACAACGCAUUGGGGUGGUUGGGAAUUGCUACUCUGGCGUGAAAGAUAUGUAUAUACUUCCACUCGCCUCACAUGAUCCUAUACCGCCAGAACUGACACCUUUGCCAGGCUUACCAAAGCCUCGUCCUCAUAUGCUUCUUGGGAUCAUUGUGCGAGUAAAGUCUGCUAAAAAGAAGCAUAGCGAUACAGUGAGUGCUGAUUCAUCACCGGAAAUGGUACCUAAGAAAAAGAAGAAGAAAAAGGAGAGAAAAAAGGAAAAGGAAUUAGAUAAGGAAAGAGUUGAAAUUGAAGCUCAGAAAAAACUCAUUGACAUUAUAUUUAAAAAUCGUGUCGGUGAUCCUGAGCAUCCUGUAAAUAGUUUAACAAAAGAUAUCGAUCCCGCUACCGUCUUAAAAAACUUGCAAGAGAAGGACCCCUCCCCCGUGAAGAAAACUGAGCAAGACUUCAGCGUCAACGAAGAAGAGAAUAAAAAGCUGGAAAUGGAACAACUGAAAAAGCUGAAAGAACAACAAGAAGAGAUUUAUAGACUACAACUGGAAGUGGGUACAUCUGCACAACAAGAAUCUGAUGUUGUUAUCAUGCCUGACCCUGCGACCAUGACGAACGAGGACGAUGUGCCCAAAGAUAAAAACGUUAGUGAAGAAAACAAGGAUGGAAGUAGUCUCGGUGAGAUUGACUCACAAGUAACAGAAGAGAGUCCGCCUGCUAGCCCUAGACCGGAAGAACCUAUAGCUGAUAAAAACGAAAUUCCACUUUUGGGGGGUACAGACUCAGUGUCGUAUGGAAAACCUGAUGCGGUCGUUACGUCGGCAGCGGCAAUAGUGACGACAAGUACACGUCCAGCGUCAGAUGAUGACUACGUCAUGAAUUUAAUUGAAGACAUACAAGUGUCAGUGCAACCACCGAAGUUUCAAUUGGACAUCGUAAAGAACCGUGCAGAAAGUAAAAUGCCAGAACUACCUGUUAUUCCUUUACCAACUACAUCAGUAUUUGGAGGUCUGCCACUCCCGCUACCUGGAUCUAUCCCGAAAGUACCGAUACCUCCAAACAUCAAGCUUCCGCCGGGCGUACCAUUUCCGCCAUUACCGCCCAAACCUAUUAGCCUAACAGGAGCAGUCCCAGCAGGUGGAAGUAUAUCAAACACUCCUCUGUCACCUCCUCAUGAAACGGUCAGAGAUCCUCGGAAUACCUCGCCGCAUUACGAUGCUACUAGACGCGAUCCCAGACUUUCUUCACCGUACAAAGAUAUGAGAAAGAGUGCAACGUCUCCGUCAUUUGAUCAAACCAGGGGAGAGCCUUCAUUGCCACCACACUCGAGGAGAGGCUCUUCUCCUGUGUAUGAGCACACGAGACAUCCAAUGUAUCAUCCUGAAAAAAACACGUACAGAGAUUAUUCUGAGGAGAGACGACAUCGAAUGCAGUGCUCUUCUCCACGUGAUGGAGGACGUCAUCGAAUGCAGCGUUCUCCACCUAGAGAUAACCCCUCGUACGAAGGGGGAAAUAGACAUUCCUUAGAUGCAACUCAUUCUGUUGACCAUAGGCAGCUACCUCCAAAUUUUGAUUCACCAAGUCGAGACGCUUACCCAAAUAAAAGGUAUGGUCCACCUGGCCAUGUGACUAAUUUUAAUGUUAAUCAACCAAGGCCUAUGAAUACUGAUUCGCAAAGAUUACUAAAUCAGGAUCAGUCUCGUCCAUACUAUCCUGAACCACAACAUCCAGGCCAGCAAAGACAGUUUCAUGCGGAAUCACCAGGCGCUUUUCAUCCGGACCAACAGAGGCCAUUUCAUCCUGAUGGAAUAAUAAGACCCUUCCACACUGACCAGCAAGGACCGCCUCAUCCAAUGGAGAAUCAGUUUGGUGGAAGGGAAGUUGUUAACAACGCUAAUGUAAAUGAGCCUUUCCAAAAUAGAAUGAAUUUUGAAAGGUCAUUGCAGUCUGAUAUUCCAAUGCAACCACGAUACCAAGAUUCAUUGCCACGACCACCCGGGUUUGCGAUACCGCCAAACCAGCAGCAACCUCUUCCCCCAUUUUAUCAAGGUGUACAUGGGAACAAUGCCACCGAUUUGCACCCAUCCGCUCCAUCUCAAAACUUUCCACCUGGGUUAAAUAAUGGCGCAGUAAAUUUCAACAAUCCCAAUAUGCCACCCUUUUCACCCACAGUGGCUAACUUUUCGCAAAGUGUUAACACAUUUCCACCUCAAAAUCAAAAUGCAUUCCCAAAUCCACAUGAAAUGAGCGGCCCGAGACCACCGUUUCCUUUCAAUAGUGGUGCACCAUUUCAACCACCCAUGCAGGCUCCUGGGUUUACGCCGGCACUGCCGAUGCAACCUCCAGAUAGAAACCAAUUUCAACCGAUGAUGCCUUCAUUUCCGCCGCAUUCGAUGCAGGAACCUGAUGUUGCGAAAAGCGUGCAGCCACAGGCUAAUAAUAUGGGACUUAACGAAGCGCUGAGUCAAAAAGGUUUAGCACCUUGUGAAUCACAACCACGUUCGCUUUUGGAAGGUAUGAAAGGUUUUGAGAAAUACGAUCAUAGAAACGAAAAUAGAAACGAAACACGAUACAAGUACUCAGAUCGAGGCCGUUCGAAACGAGGCAGAGGUGAAUUUGACAGAAGGGACAGAGAUCGGAAAUAUUCCGACCGAAAGCCAUACCGAGAUAAUUAUAGAAAAGACGACUACAACGAAUACAAAUAUCGACCGUCACAAAAGGAGGAGAGACUUAUACCUCCUAGAGAGAGACUUCAUAAAGAUUUUUCGCAGGAUGCAAAAAUUAGUCCAGGCACGAGAUUUAACAGAAAUAUAUCUAGUGGUGGAAGAAAGCCGUCGGAUGAUCUAGAAGAGGGAGAGGUGAGGGACCAUGAUAAUAAAACUACAGUGGGGGAGGGUGUUUUUACUUCGAGAAAUAUGAACCCAACGAGAGUUGAAGAUGAGCAAGAUGUCUGGCAAAAUCGAGGUCGGUACAAACAAUGGGGAAGGGAAUAAUUUUCAUAAAAUAUAUCAUAUAUAUGUGUGCGUAUAUUUUGCGUGAAGUUUUUGCUUUUUUUUCAUUUACGGCUGGAUCUGUGGCGCUUUUCGCGGAUCUAUGGCGCUUUUCGCUUGCUUUGCACGAAGUUUUUGCUUCUCCUUUCAUUUACGACUGGACCUGUGAGCCUUGCUGCAAAUCUGUGGCGCUUCACGCAGAUCUGUGGCGCUUUUCGCUUGCUUUGCACUCCCAAGCUUUCUUUUAUAGAUUUUAAGUGGCAUAAGUGUAGCUGAAGAUUCUUAAAAAUCUUUUCUAAUGGAAUGAUUAGGAUUUUAACAUUAUGUAUGUUUUAUUAAGAAUUUUGCGUCUUUGGAAAUAGUAGUGGAUUACGUAGGUUUUAAUUUUUUCUCUUCAAUAUUCAUUGGUCUCCCUUUGUGCGUUUUUCUCCCUCCUCCCUAGCGUUUAAUUGAAGUUAUAUAUUGCUCGUACUGUUUUUAUCGGAUAGUUUAUCAUCAGAUGUAAAAUAUAUGUACUUUUAUUUGUGUGAUCAUAUCCAAAAUAUUUUUAUUUUUA